UCGACUUGAAAUCUCGCCAAGUCACCACAAGCUGAGCGAUCGGAAGGCGUCGACAGAUGGAUUCGCGGUGCUUUAGCACCAUCUCCUAGCUCACUCCGCGCACCUCACAUCAACCACUCACUCUUUGCCUACUACGACGGCAACUUGGGAAACAUGGCCGCACCUGCCUCAAAGCGUCCGCGAUUGUCGAGGGACCAAGCUCUGGCAGAUGAUGUCUCAAAUGAGCCUGUCAGCCAAGCAUUGCUCAAUGCCUCACGUUUCGCCAAUAGCGUAGCACCUCCGCCAUCGCACGACGUCGUAUGGGCUGCGAAUGUGCCGGUUGUAUGCGCACCUACACCUGGCGGAGUGGCGGUCGUCAACGCCAUCACAUCCAGGUCUUGCCAGCUGCGACCCGCUCACUUCGACCUCGCACAGCACCGGCAGCGACGCCUACCCAAGCCCAACCUUGUCAGUUUGAGCUGCAGUGGCACUACUCUGAUGGCCUCGUUUGCCGCACAACAUGAUGAGGUGCCAGGCGCUCCGAUCGCUGAAGAGACAAUCAAUCUCGAGCCUCGAGCUCGAAUGGUCAAGAGCAGGACUUUCUGCUGGGUGCGCUCAGACAGAAAUCCGUGGAAUCGGUGGAAGGAGGUGGCUUUGCCUGCCGAGGUGCGAGAUGGAGGAUCAGAGAUGGUUCACGCUUCAUGGUGCGGUCAGAAGGCUGAUUGGAGACUUGCUUCAGGGCUUGGAGACCCCCCGUCAUUUGCAGAAGGCGGCUCAAGCAAUGAUAGCCCAAGAGGCCGUUUUGUGCAAACAGCAGCGGCUGGACCCACACCUAUCGCGCUAGGAUCGGAGGUGGCCAUACUCGUAAAUGCGAGGGGAGAUGUAUUCGUGUUGCGUCGCGCCUUCAGCAAGUCGCCCUUUCAGCUUUGGCGUACCUCUCUGCUGAGCUCGACCGUUACUUUGCGGUCUAGUGGGGAGACUCUCUUCGAGACAACUCUAGGUGAUGAGGAGCACUUUGUCCAUCAUCGCAUCGACCAGAUCGCCGCGUGUCCGGUGCCUGGGGAGCCAACUCUGUUGUUGGCUUUCAGCCUCAGAGCUACGUCGCAAGGGCUUGACAGCGGUACUGGGAGCCACGACGUCACGCCGGACCCGCUUGCAACCUCACCAAACAACGCGGCGGCAGCAGCGCUCUUAGCUCAAGCUCAAAUCUCGACCACACCGAAUGCCGGAAGAACGCCUGGCGCCUUGGUCGGCACAGCGACGAGCAUUGGAGCGACACAUGUGCUGGAUGAUAGUUCACGUGGAUGGCUGCAUCUGCGAGAAAUUAGAGUCGGUCUGGCAGGUGUUCACAGCGAACCAUUCAUCAGCACUCGAACGCUGGAGCCUAUAUCACUCGCUCCUAGCGACGGCGCUCGACCGUUGUCGAGACCAAGGCAUCUUCAAUGGCAUGUGCCAUACCCAUCUUCCGGCUCAGAUGUCUCUGCAUCCUUGCGCCUGUUUGCUGGAUAUUCUGGAGACUCUGAUCCCCUUCAUACGACGCCCAGCAGCGCCUCGAUUCGGUCGUGGCGUGUCGAGCGGACAUCCUCCCAGCUAGUGGACGCAUUCAACUCGUUAGAAUGCAAGAAGUCAGAGCUCCCUCCACCCACUUGGGAUUGGUUUGCCACAUCGUCGGUGUCUUGCGAGCUUGGCGCAGUAAAGUUGGAGGGCAUGGCCACAAGCUUGUCUGUCAACACGCUCCGCAUUUGCACUAUUCCAUUCGACGUAGACGCGCAGAACACGACCUCAGAAAGCCGGCUAUAUAAUGCGGACACUUUGGAGCCUGUAGAAGGCACGCAGCACCGAUUGCCUCCCGGCGCGAGGUACUUGGGUAAGUCAUGAUCAUCAUCGGUGUCGAGCGCCUGAAUGCUGCUCAUCUCGCGCUUGUAAACGUGCGGCAGCUGCCUCUUCAAACGAGUGCUUGGGAGCGUCUCUUGAUGGCCGGGGACCGGAACCACGUUUGU